AAGCACUCUCACCUUCAACACACCCAUACCAAGCGCAUCAUUCUGUCUCAGUCAAUCCAAUUACACCAUCAGUGUUACACGUACACAUCCCAUUGAGAGGGAUCAUCCGAACUAUCGAAUCAUUACCACCUCUCGUCGGGAUUGGGGUUCCCAACCCCCCUUCUUUACUGCACCAUGACGGCCAUCCUCCUCCAAUGUGCCCUCGCCGCUGCACAAGACGCUCGUUUCGACUCGGAGGCUUCUGCAAUACAACAAAAUCAUACGGCGACUCACGGCGACGACCCUUUGAUAGCCUGUUCGUCCUGCUACGGUAGCCUCUUGGACCUCUACAAGGCCAGAUAUUUCAACUGUCCUCCGGCAGACUUGCUGAAAGACCCGUCACUCUCAUCCCAAGGCGAAUGGUUCACAUCCGCCCCCCCAUCUUUUCUUGAAAAGCUGGCAGAUCUUAUCGAAAAAGCAAAGCAGUAUCAGAUCCAUCCAGGCCUUAUUGACGAACAUGUAAAGAAACAAAAAGAGCGAUGGUAUGCCGACAGCCUGACGACGCUGAGAUUGAGAUCCAUGGUGCAAGACGAGGACAAGGCAGCCAUCGCCGAACAACUAGAAAGGUUCACCACAGGAUCGGCACCAAUCGAGGAGCUCAUGACUGCUGUAUCGACAUCGUUGAAGAAGUUGUCAGGCAGCGAAAGUCCGCCAAUAGAUGAUUUGUCCAGAGGACUUCUUGCAGCCACAAAUCACACUGAGAGGAUAGAGGUGCUCAAGGAAGCCCUCUUUGCGACACCAUCACAACCGACUGACGGUAGCCUGAGUGGCGAGGUGCCCGAGGUCCACGCAAAAUACUACAACAUGCUCGCACAGGACAAUGCCAGCAUGGAGCAAGUCAAGGACGCAAUCCUGAGUGAUCACCAAAGAUUGUCUAGCGCCCAGGACGAGAUCAAAAAGGUCGAGGCAAGGCUGGCGGAGCUGAGGAGAGGGCAGGCUGCCUACGAGCUGGAGAAGGCCAAAAAGGCAGAAAACAAGAAACGGCUUGCCGAGCAGCAGAGGAGCGUGAUACCUGACGGGCUGACGAACUUGCCACCAUGCUCGGUGUGCCGGAAUCCCGUCAACCCUUCGAGCUUCAGACUUUGCACCGUCUGCGCGCUCCUUUCUGGGUACGAGCUCGAGGGCGCAGAGAUGACUGUCUAUUGUGGCUUUGAGUGCGAACACGAAGGAUAUAGAAAUCAUCUCAAGGCUCACAGUUGUUCCGCCGGUCCUACAUGUGUUCACGCUCGUGUGGACUCAUCCGGGGGGCGGCAGAUGCCAAACAACAACCAUGCGGCACAUGACGAAGACACUAAGAUGUCGGACGUUCUUGCCACUCCGGCAGACGUCCGAUUCUGCAAGGAAUGUGUUGUCAAUCUGAAGAAGCCCACAGCGUGGUGUUCUCCGGCCUGCGUUCGUGCUCACUAUGCGCAACAUCAUGAGAAAGUCCACGUCGGAGGAGCCGCCGACGGCGAUGAUCGGAUGGAUACCAAUGGGGGGCUGGAAGGCGUUGAUUUCGACAGCCAGCAUUACAUCAUUUCUCUGGCGGACGCGGUUAAGGAAUGGGAAGCCAGGAAUGGGGGGGUGCGGUUGGAAGAGUAAGGCUCUCCCGGAAGAUGAGGAGACAGUUUGCUUGUGAAAAGAUUUGCGUGGUGGGCAUGGCCCUUGGGGGAAAUGGGGCAGAGAAUAAAAAUCACGUUUGUGAUUACUUGUAUGGAUGGAUUCGAAUUUUUAUUCUUGUUGAUUUUUUUGGAGAAUUUUUUUAUAUUUUAUUUUUUUGGAAAGGGAAGAUCAGGAAGGGAAUAGGAAAUUGGUCGAGCUGUGGGGGAAGACCAGCAGGGUGACAAACAUGCAGAUCAAGAGACGGCGAAGGAUGCUCAAGCCGGCACGGAGAUGAGGCUGGUAAAGACACUGUGAAGCGGAUAGAGAAAAUAAAUAGUACACACUGGAAAUCGAUGGGGUAUGUGCUGGGCGAGAGGUUGAAGAGACGUGGGUGUUGUUAAUGCGGCACACUGUUGGAUGGAAAUAAUGGUAGUGUAAAACAAGUUAAUAUAGGAUGGCAUCCCGAAGCAACGUCUUCAACA